CGUAAGGGUUGUAUAUUACAGCUUACGUAUGAGGGAAUCAUUUUGUGAAUUCCGACUAUUUAGAUAAAUCUAAAUUUGUGUUUUUCAUGGAUUUAUUUCAAAUCCCAGUUUGUACAGUCUGCAGAUAUGGGCACAAUUCAUAAUUUCUCAUAUUCGGGGGUCUAUGCAAAUUUCACAGAUUGGGAUUUAAAGACGCACUGACCUACACAAAUCACAAUUCAAUUGUGUAAUUCCGGGUUUGCCACAGUUUACUUUGAUUUGCAGAUUGAUUGGCCUAAACCCCACCCGCAAUACAGUAUAAACAGCUGGCAAGGGUUGGCAGAAUUCAGACAAACUGCAUCAUCCCUUUUUGGAUUGGUGGCAUUUAAAACAGACGUUUCUUAAGUAUUUAUUAGCUGCAGUUGCAUAAAUAACGUGUGGCUUGUGAAAGGAAUGUAUUUUUUUUUUUUUAUUGUUCUGCAGAUAUUUAAAAGCUUACCUGAUCACACCAUGGGGUAAUUAUUAGUGUGUGAGUGAAGUAUGUACCUGGGGUGAACAUGCCAGGAAUGACCCCGCAGUUACAUUUCUUCUGCUGACAACCUUUGUCUGGCUGUCCCUCCCUUCCUCUGCUCUCUUUCUCUCUCUUUCUGUUUCUCUUACUCCAUUGUGGCACCUCCUUCGCUCUUUGUAGUCCAUUUCACGCACUCGUAUGCUGGUGGGCUGCGUCCAGAGGCCAGUGGCUUCCUAAUGCAGGAAAUGGUGUGAAUUAAAUGGAAAGUAAAGAUGGGAAGAGGAGAAAGAAAGAGAGAGAGACCGGAGUCAUAGAAAGGAUUAGAGGAAGAGGGGGGAGAGACAGAGAGUGAGCCGUGGGCGGCUCUCAGAUUAGCAAUUUCCCCCCUGACAUCACGGCCCAAAUAAGGAGCUUUGAAAUAAACGUGUGUUAUUUUCUUUCAUGCUUUCCUCUUGACACUGACGAUUCACUGCAGGCAGACCAGAUGCAGGCAGGGAGCAGGUCAAUGGUACUACCACCAGCUUCAUUGAACACCUACUUCAAGAAAUACUUUGAGUUUCCAAACCUUCAGUGAACUUUAAAACCUCUACCAGUGGAGUACAACUCAUAGAUAUAAACAAUGUCAAGAGCCAAACCUUACAGUGAAUUGACUGGAACAGUAUUUGUGCUAUUAUUUUUUACUUCUGUACUCUCAUUUAUGUGACAGAUCAUGGAUUACAAAUAUUGACAUUGACAUCUGAACUGUAUUUAUUUCUUGUGGUACAAGUAGAGACUUUUGUGACCAAAAAGGCUAAAUCAGUUUCCUGUUUGUAGGGGUUUGCCGACAAAGGUGCAAUGCAGAUGCUUUUAAUAUUUUACCAUGGUUGUUAGGUAUUGCUUUUCCCCUGGACUUUGCAAAAAUAGCACAGGGUGUCUCUGGUGUAGGUGAUGGAGCCAGAGAAAGGCCAGAAGAGCACAAGGAAGUCGGAGGAAGGUGUGAGGAAAAGGCCAAGCAAAGGAGAGGUUGUUAAAGGCACAGAAACUCCGACAGAGGGUUAUCCAGGUUGUAGUCAGAAAGAUCACGUUUCACACCGUUUCCCAAGUUCCCUAAAGAUAGCGAGAGGAGGACCUCUUAGGAGAGUAGGAAGGCCGUGCAAACCCAAGGUUCCACUUCUUGAGCAGCUUCACGUUUCUAAGUCACAAAAUUUUUCACCAGCAUUCAUGGCCCCCCGCAUAGAUCUAGAGCAUGGCCUUGAAGGGUCAGCAUGGCAAGUUGUAGAUCCAGUACAGUCAGGUCCGUCCAAGUCUUCUUCUGCACUACAUGCCAGACUUUCAUGUUUGGCAGAAGAUCCUUCACAGAAAGCUUACGUCCAACGGCCAACUCAGGUUUCUGUAAAGCAGGUCGAUGAACCUCAUAAAAAAGAAAAGAAGCCCCAAAAGCCAGGAAAGUAUAUAUGCCAAUACUGCAGCAGACCAUGUGCAAAACCAAGUGUUCUACAAAAACAUAUCAGAUCUCAUACUGGUGAGCGCCCAUAUCCCUGCAUCCCAUGUGGAUUUUCUUUCAAAACAAAAAGUAAUCUGUAUAAACACAGAAAGUCUCAUGCUCACAGAAUCAAAGCAGGGUUGGCUUCAGAAAUUGGAACAGAGGCAUAUUCAUCAAACUUAGAGAUGGAGAGGCUUGGCGGAGAAGAAAUUGAUGAGCCGUCAGAAGGAGAAAGCACAGAUUCAGAGGAUGAGACAAGCACAAUGUCAAACAUAACAGAGCUGUCUCCACAGCAGAAGCAUCAUUUGCCAUCAUCUGAGUCCCAAGGAAUGUCAAAACACCAUAGUACACGUCAGGAACUAUUUUCUUUGUCACAACAAAAUGUGCCCCAUGCAUUUGAGGAGAGUGUAGCAUUUAAAGAUCCUUCACCUGAACUCCUGCUAAAGUCAGAGGAUACCCACAGUAUAAAACAAAAACUAGCUCUCAGGUUAAGUGAGAGAAAAAAGGCCAGUGAAGAGCAGACAUUUCUCAGUCCUGGAAGUAAAGGCAGUACAGAGUCUGGUUACUUUUCACGUUCUGAGAGUGCAGAACAGCAAAUAAGUCCUCCCAACACAAAUGCAAAGUCCUAUGCUGAAAUUAUUUUGGGUAAAUGUGGAAGAAUUGGACAGAGAACUAACAUUUUAGCAACACCCUCUCCUCUUCUGGGCACUGCUGAAGAAAAAUCUAGUUCAAUACCAAUUUCUGUGCCUAGGACACAGGUAAUUGAGCAUAUUACCAAGCUCAUUACUAUAAAUGAGGCUGUAGUGGACACUAGUGAGAUUGACAGUGUUAAACCAAGGAGAAGUUCACUGUCAAGGAGAAGCAGCAUUGAGUCACCUAAAGCAGCUUUGUAUCGGGAAACUUUUCAGUUUGAUGUCAAGUCUCCAGGAUCUCUUCAGCUAGAUUCUAAAAUGCCAUCUGAGAAGACAAAAGCUGAGCAUUCCUUCACCUCCCAUCAACCGUCCCACAGUGCCACAGAGACCGUGCCUCUACUUCGAAGCCACUCUAUGCCUUCUUCAGCCUGCACUAUUAGCUCACCACAUCCUUUCAGAGCUAGUUAUUCAUUUGAUGACCGGAUUGUGGACUCUGAAGCACUAAGUUGCAGUCACAUACUUAGUUCUCAUCCUCGACUGCUAAAGAGACAACCAGCAAUAGAGCUACCGUUAGGAAUGGAGUACUCUUCAGAGGAAGGCAACACAACAAGUAAAGACACCUCUGGAAAAACAACUGAUGAUCUGGAAACCAAAGAAACUGAAGUUUUCAGGAAAUCAAAGAAGGGGGGUAGAGUAAAGGGUUUGAUCUAUGAAUGUAAUAUUUGUGGUGCUCGAUACAAAAAAAAGGGUAAUUAUGAAACUCAUAAGAAAUACUAUUGCUCUGAAAUGCAGAUAUUAGAACCUCCAGUUAUUGCAUCAAGCAGUUCUGUUGAAACCGGAAAAGGAUAUCCAGAACACGAAGCAUGGUCUCCGCUACCAAAUUACAAAUUAGGACCAAGUUUAGAAAUGUCUACUUUGAGAAAAAGGCGAAAAGAGAAAAGUCUUGGUGAUGAUGAAGAGCCCCAGUCAGCUGAAUGGUCUGAGUUUCCAACAUCUUCUAUUUCCCUAGAAUCCUGUUAUGCUCCUCCUAAUACAUCCUUGAAUUUGUCUAGUGAUACAGUUAAGCAGUCCACCAGUAGAAGUGAAACUGCACCAACGUCAGAUAUUCAUGCACUAACCUUUGAAAGUAAAGAGAAAUCUACAAUUUCAAAAGAAAUUUCUGUAAUUCAGCACACUAGCUCUUUUGAAAAAUCUGAGUCUAUGGAAAAGAAGAGUAGUUUUGACGAGGAAGAUUUACCUUAUCGUACUGUAAGACAACAUCCUCACUCAUCUCAUACCUUGCAGCCUAAGUUAGUCCGGCAGCAUAAUAUUCAAGUGCCAGAAAUUUUAGUCACUGAAGAACCAGAUAAGCCAGAGGUUGAACCUGAAGAUCCUCCCAAAGAGCCAGAGAAGGUUGAAGAAUUUCAGUGGCCCCAAAGAAGUCAAACUCUUGCACAGCUUCCUGCUGAAAAACUCCCUCCAAAAAAGAAGAGGCUGCGCUUAGCAGAAAUGGCACAGUCUUCUGGAGACUCUAGUUUUGAAUCCACAACGCUCACUCGAAGCCCUAGUCAAGACAGCAGUAUUUCACAUGCAUCCAGUCAUUCUGUUUCAUUUGACCGAGAAGAGGGCUCCAAACCAGAAACAUCAGGACAACAGCCAGAGGCUACUGCCAAAUCAAUUGGACAUUAUAUGCUCACUGUUCCUUCUCAUCAUCACCAAGCAAGAGAAAUGAGAAGGUCUGCAUCUGAACAAACACCAAAUGUAUCUCAUACAUUGCAGGUUUCAGAGAACCGAAGCAAAUCGUUUGAUUAUGGUAAUUUAACAUCCUCCACUGCAACAUCAAUGCUAACAGCUCAGGAGAGGAGGAAGUGCUUUUCUAUUAGACAGACAUCUCUAAGUAGACAUGUGGAACUUGAACCAGAAUUAAGCCUCAGAGACUGGAAAGAACCCGAACAGCCCUCUUCUUCAGGCCACAUACCUGGAAAACCCUGUUUCGAGCAGUCUUCUGUUACAUCCCCAGCAGAGCAACAGCAGCAUAGUCCUUCCUCCCAGCCAAAGCAGAAAUCAAGGAUAGCUCAAUCUUUGACUGAUGAAGUUAAAAAAAGGCAACAGGUAUCUCUUUUCCCAAUACAGCCACUACUGCAGUUGUCUGAACAUGCUUCAGAACUAUUAUCUUCUCAAGCUACGAGCAGUAUUGUUUCUGCUCCGUUUUCUUUGGGGCCAAUUUCGCCAUCUGUGUUUCACAAUCCCCCACUUUCUUUACAGCAAUCUGUCCUGCACCCAGAUCAUCUUUCGUUGCCUCAGCAGUUAACAUUGCAUGCCAUGGACAUACCAUUCAGGCAGCACUCUCCAUUUUUACAUUCUUCCUAUCCAGUGUCUUUACCUUUUCUCCCCACAUUCCUCAUGCCAGUACAUUCCCAGUUUGCUCUAGCAUUACCUGCCCAGGCUAGUGAACGCUAUUCACAAAUCAUACCACAAGUUUCUCCUCCUUUGGGUGCAUCUAGCCAUUCUUCAGGUCAAGAUUAUUUCCCAGAAAAUGUUGGCACACCCUCUCAUAGUCCAUUGCCUUUGGAAUCUACUACCCAAGUGAUCCAUGCAUGCCCUGAUCCUGCUAUAUCAGUUGUUGUUCCUGUCAGAGUUCAGACACACAUGCCUUCAUAUGGUAAUGCUAUGUACACUACACUCUCACAAAUUCUUGUUACACAGUCACAUCGCACUCCAUCCUCUAUUGUCAUACAGAAAAUAAAUGAUGGACGAUCCAAGGGAUACAGCUUUGACUUGUCUGAUAUCUUACCUAAAGAACAGGGCUCCAUUGAUGAAAUACCUUUUCUACAUGUGCCAUUUCCAAAGACCGACACAAGCAAAUACAUACCACUUACUUCUUCUGUUGAAGGUAUUUUAGGUUUUGAUGGAACCUCAUCUUCUGUUGGCGGUAGUAAACGUAUGUUAUCACCUGCUGGGAGCUUAGAACUUACAAUGGAGACCCAGCAGCAGAAAAGGGUAAAAGAGGAAGAAGACACAGAAGAAAAAUAUGAAAAAGCUACUAUAAAAUCGCACUCCAUUUUGGAAGGAAGCAGAAUCUCAAAUAUUGCCACUGCUACGCAGUCACGAAGCAGGUUGGAGCUGUUAGCACCUGAACCUACAGCUGUCUGUGAGCAGCUGUUGGGGUUAGAUAGAAAAAAACAACUGCCCCCCUCUCCUGUGCAUCCACCAUACAGUAAAUCACCAGAGAAGCACCAAAGCCAAGAUGAUAGCUUAAGGAUUAAGGUGGAAAAGGAUGAUAAAGAUCUGCUGUUCACUCCGAUCUCAUGCAUUAGACCAACUGCAUCUGAAACACCUGUCAGCAUACAUUUGACAGUCUCUCAUGAAGAAGCAGAGGCUAAAAAUCUGCAAGUCUUUCCAACUCUUCACACGACCACAAAUGUCAGCUGGUGCUACUUGAAUUAUGUCAAGCCAAAUCACACUCAACAAACUGACCGAACAACAUCUGUUUAUUCUAGUUGGUGCAUAAGUUUAUACAACCCAAAUCUUCCUGGAGUUUCCACCAGGGUGGCACUAUCUCUACUAAGAUCGAAACAGAAAAUGAGUUCUGAGAUUUACACCACUGCCGAUGCCGCUCAAGCAGAUUCAAGCCUUUUGGUGCCCUCCAAGACGCAGAAACCGAAAAUGACAGAGCAGACUCAUCUGCCUGUUCAGGUAUUUAAGGAGACAUCAAGGACUGUCAAAGAAGAAGAAAAGAGAGUGAAAUCUGAAGAUUCUGGGACAUCUGUUAAGCGAGGAGAACCCUCCCGUGUACGAAUCUUCGAAGGAGGGUACAAAUCAAAUGAAGAAUAUGUUUACAUUCGAGGCCGCGGCAGGGGAAAGUAUGUGUGUGAGGAGUGUGGUAUUCGUUGUAAGAAGCCAAGCAUGCUGAAGAAACAUAUUCGCACACACACUGAUCACCGACCAUACAUGUGCAAACAUUGCAAUUUUGCCUUCAAAACCAAAGGGAAUCUGACUAAACACAUGAAAUCCAAAGCACACAGCAAGAAAUGCCAAGAGCUAGGGUUAGUUCCACCAUCUCUGUCGGAGCUGGAUGCAGAGGAAGGGACAAGUGAUGAGCGAUGGCCAGACAGCGAUGCGGUGGAAGAGCACCAGUUCUCUGACUUGGAAGAUACAGAAGAUGAUGAUGACUCUGAUGAAGAUGAUGAAGAGGAGGAUGAUGAUGAUGAUGAUAGUCAGGAAGAGAGGAAUUUAGAUCUCUCUCCAAUUACAGCCACCCAAUUCUCACCUAAUGAAUUAAGACAAAACCCUGAGAUAGCAGACUUCUCUUCAGCUUGCCAGUUUUCUCCCCAAUUACUGCAAACUUCAGAGCCUCUUGAAAAAGAUCCCCAGCCCAGAGCAGUUCCUGAACAUACCAGAGAGUUACCACAUAGGCGAUGGUCUCCUGUAAAAGACACUGGAAGUAGCAGUAAACCUGGCCCUUCUCGCAGACACAUCCUUCAGAAGAGAGAGGGCUCAUCAAAAUGCUUCUCCCCAAUAGGAUGUACCUCUCCUCGCAGAGGGUUGUCUCCUUGUCAUCGUCUGACAUCAGCAAGAGAAGCGUCGCCUCUGAGAUGCAUUUCUCCUCAGCACCUAUCACCCCACCGCAGUCUUUCACCUAGAGCCUUCAUGUCACCAGAACGUGGUUCUUCUCCACCUGCCAGACAUCUGUCCCCCAGCAGAGAAAUGGCGAGUCUGAGGUAUUCAGCUUUUAGAGGUGGCCUAGCAUCACCACCACAGUACCCAUCUCCUGGUAGGGAGGAGUCGCACCUCAGUAGGUCAGAUGCUCAGAUCCACUUCAAAGCUCAGCACGGGGUCUUCCCAUCUACAGCUCUACCUCACAGGGCUUCUGGUAUUUUGGAGGCAUCAGGAAUAAAGAAACCAGGACCAUCCUCUUCUUCAUCCAGAUCCCUCUGCUCAACUGUUAUGCCUCACAUUUUGCCAAGGAGUGGGGAGAACUUGUACACUCAUUUACCCCUGCACUCACAAUAUCUUCAAAGGACACCUUACCCAAUGAUACCUAUUGGAGGCAUUCAGAUGGUACAAGCCCGGCCUAGCCCUCAGCCCUCUCUACUGGGUCAUGCCUUCCCUGGGCUACAAUCAGAAGGUCCUGACAAAGGGGCAUCCCAGCAGCCACAAGAAAGAAGUGAAAAGCCACUCAGGACUAACAAUCGAGAGGAGGAGGAGGAAGACAGGGUACUAUCACCCCCCAGCACAGCCCCACAACAUUCCCCAACACCAAGCACUUACUGCCAGACAGCUUGCACUCCACCUCCACCUGGAACAACUCUCAUCCACCGCAGCUCUCUGAAAGAGGAGCGUUUGGAAGAAGAGGGAUGACCGGACAUUAUAUUGAAAUGAUCCCAAUUUAGAGUUCUUGCCCUGUGACAUCUUUGUCUAAGUUACAGUGUGUGGAAACACUUAGGACAUUAGAAAGGAUUUCUUUUAUAAUAUAGAACAGUCCUGAGGUGUUACAUUGGUGCAAAUACUAAGAUGUGAGUUAUGGAUUCUUUCAGGAUACAGGGUAAGGAUCUUAGAGCAUGGUGGAUUGAUGGUUUCACAAAGUAAAGAAUGCAUUCUUAGAUUUGGAUUUUAGAAGCAUUCAGCUUUGUAAAAUGGCUCACCUUGGAUACUUGAAUAAGCGUUUAGGGUAUGACUAUGACCUUUGAAUAGAGACAUUAUGGUACAAUAUAAAGAUCCUUGUAGGAUGUGAAAUAAGGGUUUACAGAUACACGUGACCUAUAUACAGUGUGUGU